GAGGCACGUCGACCAAUCGGAAGCGUCGACGAAAUUUACGCACAGAAAUAUCACUGACGUGUCCACGGAAAGGAGACUACUUCAAGGGUUCAUGAUUAUUCUCGUUUCGUACAAGAACGGUGCUUGAAAACAACAGUGUCCGACGGAUUGUGUUAAUUACAGUGUAAUUUGUGGAAUUGAGUAACGAAAUUAUGGCAGCGCAGUUAAAUACAUUUGUAAAGUCUUUCACUAACAGACUGGAAUCUCCUGUUAGGCAACACUUGAAAAAUGUCUAUGGUUGUCUGUCUAUGGCAACAGUAUCAGCUUCUGCAGGAGCUUACAUACACUUAUUUACAGAGCUCCUGCAGGCUAAUUUAUUGACAACCCUUGGUACUUUUGGUUUACUUUUUGCUUUAACCAGUACACCAGACAAUGGGAAAAAUCAAAAAUUACGGCUCAGCUACCUUCUGGGAUUUGCAUUCAUGUCUGGGCUUGGUUUAGGUCCCUUACUUCAAUUGGUUAUGAGUAUUAAUCCAAGUAUCAUAGUAACUGCACUCAUAGGAACAACUGUUGUAUUUGUAUCAUUUAGUAUCUCUUCUCUUAUGGCUGAAAGAGGACGUUGGUUAUAUCUUGGUGGUACCUUAAUGAGCUUGCUAAAUGUUAUGGUUUUGUUUUCAUUUGUCAACUUGUUCCUACGUUGGUCCUUCUUCUAUCAAGCCCACUUAUAUGUUGGAUUAUUUUUGAUGUGUGGUUUUGUUAUUUAUGAUACACAAUUGAUCAUUGAGAAAUACCACAUGGGUAGCAAAGACUUCAUCAUGCACUCUCUAGAUCUCUUCAUAGAUUUUAUUGGUAUUUUCCGCUAUCUCGUUAUAAUCCUUACACAAAAGGAAGUAUCAAAGAAUCAACGUAAACGCAGAGAUUAAACGGGAGCAAAGAAAGCUGUAAAAUAUCAUACCAUUCAAGUAAAUCCAUGAAUUAGAGGUCUUCAUCUAAUCUAUCCAUAUGUAAGACGUAUAUUUACUAUAAAAUUUAAAUAAUACAGCUUAUCAAUUGCGUCGACAAAAUUUUUAGGCGUGACCAUAAGGACGCAAUGUAUUUAUUUCGAAUUACUUAUUUGUCACUGCUCUUUUCACUUAUCUAUUAUCUAUUAGAUUUAUAUACAUGUAUACAUAAAUAGAUAUAAAUUUAUUGUACUAUAUUUUUAUCUUUCA